AUCGCACUAGACGAUAUUUACCUGCCUGCGCGCGGAGAUUCCCGGGCAGGAGCGUAUCGGCCGCACGCAGCCCCUGCGUCGUCGUCGUCGUUGUCCUCACCUACGUCCUCGUCGUCGCCGUCGUCCCCCACCGUGAGAAGGACAGCACGCCAUGCGUCAUCAAUCUUAAAGAUACGAGGAACGAGGACCGGGACGAAGAAUCUGCGAUCAGUAAGCGGCUAAAGCGUCGAAGAUGCUGCCAAGAUUGAUGGUCCUGCUCUGGACGGCAAUUCCGAUUGCCCUGUCUCAGAGCAACUAUGCGUCGCAAGGCAACAGCAUCGAGUAUCAGCCAGGACUGCCGCCGAGCACGGUUCUCGACGGCAAAGUCACCAAUCUGGACGACAUCUCGUCGGUUAUAUUUCUGAACCGAACCAAGGCCUUCCUAAACUGCAACCAGGGCAGCAUGGAGGUCGAGCUGAAAUUCGAGGAGCCCUUCUACGGAGUGGCCUACGCCGACUAUGAUCGUAACAGCGCCUGUAUAUUCAAAGGACGUGGCGAUACCACUGCUAAAUUGGAACUACCUCUGAAAGGAUGCGGUACAAAACAGGAUCCUCUGCGUGUGUUCACCAAUAAUGUGGUUGUUCGCUUUCAUCCUGGAUUAGAAAUGGAAGGAGACGAGGUUAUCACUAUAGUCUGCAGAUAUCCCCCACCCGUAGCACCCGCACCACCAAAGCCUCCAGAAAGCAUAUCGGCCACGAUGAUCACGCCCGCGGCGAUCACCGAACCCCCGCUGAAAGGCUUUCAGAUCCUGCUGAUUAUCUGCGCGAUUCUGUUCCUUUCGCUGCUCCUGCUAGGCCUCGGUUGUUCCUACAUGUGUCUGAAACGCCGAAACGUCCGGGUGAUCCAUCGACAUCCGUUCGAGAGCGCCACCGGCUCCGAGAUAACGAAGCUCUCCGGCUCGACCCUGAGCCACAUCACCAUGUUCGAGGGUCUGAAGAUACCUCGCGCGCACGCCCUUCUUCACGCGGCGGCGUCUACUUCCGGUAGCGAGGCGAAUCUGGUGAUCGAUCAUUCGGACACGUUGCCGAGCGAUUAUCCGAGCGAGAGCCACUCCGAGGUGGACGAGGAACGUUCGCUGCCCGUAUCCUCCGCAGGAUCUUACGACAAUAAGGCGUUCGUGGACCAUCACGAGAUCCAGCGGCAGGUGGAGAUGCGAACCUCGAGCUCCCUGUACUCCGAGACGGUCGCCGCCGAAGUGGAAGGCUCUUCGAUGACAGCCGCGAACGCGUCCAGGAUCAUGAUCCCGCGUCAUCCCGUGGCCGUGCCGCUCGAGCCUAAAUUCGACGUACAGAUGAGAGUGAAGAGAGCACCGCCUCCGCCGAGCCCGUUGCCGUCGGAGUCGGACGUGGCGAGCAUCGCCCUUGAGAGAAACCUGACGACCAUCCUGGAGAGAGAAGAAUCCAGCCGCUCGUCCAGUACGCCCUACCGAAUGACAACCUUCUCCUACGUUCCGGAGCUGCACGGGCCACCGUCGUCCGUCUCCAGCAUCUCUCGGCAGCAGACGCCACCGGUUUACUCGAGGAUCCUGCGCAAGCAGGCGGAACGGGAGACCACGGUGAUCCAGGAGAAACUCCCAUCCCCGAGCACCGAGACUCGUUCGCUGACCGAAGUGACGGAUGCGUCUCACGCCAAGUAUCGGGUGGCCAGCAUCCUGGCGCCGACUCCACCUCCGCCACCUUCCAUCGCGCCGACCACGUCCACCACCACGACUCACACCGCCGUUCAGCACCGCGAGCAUCGUCUGCUGCGCGAGGAGAUGACCGAGCCGCUGGUCCAGCCGCAGGUGGUCGCGACUCGCCGGCCGGAGAUCACGACCCACGAAGUGGACGACGUGUUCCUGCGCACUGUCACGGAGAAGAAGACGAUCGAGGACGUGGAGCGGCACUCUCGCCAGGUGACCGAGUACCUGGCCAGGCAGCAACCGCCGCCGGAUUUCAAGUGGGACGUCACCAUCAGGAACUACCCGACGGAGGAUCUGCCGCCGCCGCCACCGGAAUGGGAGAACUUCUCCGACGUCAGCUCGGCUUCCAACUUAACCAUCACGAACGAGCCGUCGAGCGCCGUCGACGACGAGCCGGACGUCAACAUCGAGCCGACUUAUACCACCCGCGCUGAAAUUCCCUGCAGACCGGCCGCCUCUCGGCGCUCGCUCGACGACGCCGAUGCCGAUUGGUACACCAGGCUGGCGCGCGUUCUGGAGCCGCGUUACGCGACCGAAUUGACGGACGAGGAGCGCGUCAAGUGGCGCGAGAUCAUCACGACGGAGAGCACGCUAAGGACUUUGCUGACCGAGGCGGUGGUCAAGGAGGAUUACGAGCUGAUACGGAAGGACGCGAGAUAUGUGAAUCUAUUCGCGCCGGCCAAGUGGGACGUGAUCAUCCGUAUUCUGAGCCCGCCGUCGACGCACCCCGGCUCCACUUCCGGUUCCUCCGGUCAUGGCAAGAACCACAGAUACAAGAGAUCCAAGUCAUCGGAAUGGGACACCAGGUCCAGACGAUCCUCCCUUCCGACUUUGUACGAGUACGAGAGCGACGGCGGCAGCUCGGCGCGAACCUUAGGCACCCAGAGUCAUCAUCUGCAGACGUCGCAGUCCGCCACGACCAUCACGGGUCGUCCGCGUCGAUUGGGCGGUUCUGUUCGUUCGCGAGGCGCCGGCGCCGGCAGCGAGGCCGAUCUAAGAUCGAUGUCCGAGAUAACGGUCCGUGACUUCGCCCGGAUGGACGAUCUGACCAGCCUGAGUUCCUUCGAGGGCGCGGACUCCCUGGUCAGAUCGCUCAGCCAGCCGAGCUUGGCCAGGUCGGGCUCGGAGUUCACCGAGCACUGGGGCAUGCCUUCCGGAAGCUUGCCGCCCUGGGCGACCGCGGAGGACGGCACCAGUUCCGUGGAAACGACCCCGAGAGCGAUCAGACGAGGCGAUAGACUGGAGGUCCUCGCCUCAUUCGACGAGCACAGACGGGGUCCAGCUGUCUCGAGAUCGAGUCGAUACACCGAGAGGGAGCUUAGCGUGCGGGUGACGGAAAGUCAGAGGGCUUCCGACUGGUUCAACGAUAACAAUUCCGAGCCGGAAAUGCAGAUAUGAGCAGCCUCCUAUAAAUAUGCGUCACACCGAUUCUCGGUCUUUACCUCGAACUUAGCUACGGGGGCGAUAUUGUUUAAUCUCGACGAAGGUCUCGAUUAUCAAGUCCGAAGCUUAAGGUUCUUAUUCUGUCAUUUUUUGAGCAGCGAAUUUUUUUCAUUCUGUCGUUUGGCAAUGAAACAUGAUGAAUUAGAAGAAGACAAAAAAUUAAUAUUCAGAAAAAAAUCUGCAAGAAUAUAAUAUAGAAUCGAUAGCUUUCGAGAAGACUGCGAACUUCAAAUAUUGCUUAAAUACGCAAAGAGAGAAUUGCUCAAAGAGUUGAGGAACGCGAGAACUAGAAAGAUUUAUUUGAAGGAUCGGAGCGCAUAAUUUUAUUUUUCAAUCUUUCGCGACAGAUUCGCAUGUUUUUCAUUUUGUUACGAAAGGAUUAUGAUUUAUACGAGCGGGCGUCGUUCAUAUUUUUCUCACGGCCACUUUUUCGGUCGGUGACUCUACGUGACUCGCGCAUUACAAGUGUUUGUCUCGUUCUCUCGAACAGAGACUUCCUGUACGAUCGAUAUCUAUGCCAAGAAUGACAAUGGGCAAUGCACACGGACGGGCCACAAAAUAACCAGAGUAAGAUUAUCAUUUAUUUGCAGCGACCAGUUCGCUAUUCCGUCUUACGUCGCUGCUCUACUUCCUUUUCCUACAAAAUUCAUGGUAGUUUUUAUCGUCUAAAUUCACUGAUUUGUUAUCCCAGACGGCUCGCUGAAAACUUUGACAACCGCUCAAAAACUUUCAACUGUCCCAAUUUCACGAUCGUCUCCCGAAACGUUCCUUCGAUAUUGAGAUCUCCCAAUGUAAACAUUAUCCCGAAUUUUCGGAAAAUUUUGCUCAACCGCCAGUCUCUUCACACGUCACUCGUAAACGCGUAGACGUAGAUCAUGCGGGUUACUUAUCUCGCCGCGAGUGAGUCUGCAGAUUCUGGCGAGACUAUAAUCAGACAAUCGUGCACAAUUUGCCGAAAUUAAGCCAUUUUAAAAGCCCCUAUACACCGGCGAUGGAAACUUUUUUUAUCGGUAAACUCAAGUGACAAAUGUUGCGUCAUUUUUUGCAAGAAUUUACGCAUUUUCGAUUAAAUCACCGAAAAUAUUGUCGACGCCAAAUAUACGAGUUUGAAUAGAAAAACUCGCUCGAAGGGCUUAAAUGGAUUAAUUAGCAAAUGUGUCGAAAACGGAGAAAAUAACGCAAUAAGAAGAAGAAAAUGACAGAAAAUGUGCGUGGAAAAGUAAUAAAUAAUAUAAUGUAAUCGCAUGAGAGAGGACACGCACAACAGUGUCUGCUUGUCCUCAGCUUUCUAACGUUCAACAGAUCGCGAAAAUCGAUCUCUCUCUUUCCCUGUCUCCCUCUCUCUCUUUCUCUCUUUUUUUCUCGUAUAUAGCUCGCGAUAUUAAAACAUUCUCCAUUUGCGAUACAACUGCGAUAAUAGUCUACUUAAGGUAGGUAACGAAAUACACGGUGCUGGGUAAUUACGCUUCACAAACGAUAGCUAAACUUGUCCCUCCAAGAUCAUUUAUCUAAUCUCCCUUCCUCCAAGCCUUUUACCCGAUUUAAUGUAUUGUCGUCGGAGUACCUGGGCUCGGCCGAGAAUACGUAUCGACCGACACGGUAUGUUCGCGCGUUAGAUAGGUAUUAUAUAUAUAUAUAUAUAUAUAUAUAUAUACAUAUAUAUUUGUAAUUAAUACGGCGUACCUUCUAUGGCUAAUGUAUAGUCACGCGUAUUAAAUUUAUGCGUAACUCUCUCCCUCUCUCUCUCUCUCUCUUACAUCGCGCUCUAUUAUCUACAGUGCAGUCAUUAGAGUUUACAGAAGUAUUCCGAAUCCUCGAGCCGCGAGAUGGGAAUUCGGGGAGUUUGCAAAUUACAAUUAAUGUAUCAGGACGCGAUCGUAGUAUAAUUGCCCCAGAAUUUGUUUUGAUAACAACGAAACGUUUUGCUUUCAAUAUUACGCUUCGCUUUGUGUUUACGUAUCGUUAAAAUUAUCGAAUGUCAAAAUUGCGCAGGUGAAUUGCACAUUUGAGAUAACGCAAAAUUGAUAUUCUCGAACAAUAUCAAACAAUUCGUACCGGCGAAAAUUUACAAUUGCAAUAUGCAACGCGAAGGUCGAAAUAUAAUACCUAUAUAAAUUUGCUGUACAUAUACGUAUAUAUAGUUUCUUAAGUAUUCAAAAAUUUCGAAAAAAAAAUCGCAUCACGCCUGAAUUAUUUUCGCGCAACUGCUAUAUAUGAUAGUUAAUGUAACAUUGUAUUUUUAAUAUGUACGUUGUAAGGUUGAAUUAUAUUUAACGGUACUACUACCACACAAUGGAAAAACGAUACUGCUCUCAAUUCAUACACAAUUCAAUAUAAUCGAUGCGCGGAAUAUAAGAAGCUCGUAGAAUUUGUGCUCGAUAAUUCAAGUCCGAAUCGAUUGUUUGCGAGAUAAAUCCGUCCAAGGGCUUGAAAUCGAUAUAGCAUGCAGACACAGAUAAUAUUUUCUGCAAAUUAAAAAAAACCGCGAUGUGUAGAGAAAGCAGUAAUUGCAUGGCCGCUUUCCUUACACGUGACUAUAAAUUAAAAUCAAUAAUAAAGUUAUGCAUUAUAUAUAUAUAUAUAUAUAUAUAUCUUAAAUUAAAACAUCGAACCUGUGUGUAUCACGUGCUAAACGCACAUACAUAUACAUGUGGAUCGAUGAAUAAAGCAUAAAGUGCCCCCGUACAUGAAAGGGAUAUUAAUCGCGAAAAAUGGGAUAUAAUAAAUCAUAUUGAAAAAUUACAUAACAAGUGUUAUCAACGUCCGAGUUUUUUUUUUUUUACCUCGACGUCGGUUACAUCGUGCUUUCAGAGCAUCUUCUAACAAAGACUUGCUAUCGCGGGCAAAAUUCAAUGUCGAAGAAAAGAAAGAAAGAAAAACAACAUGCUUGAGAUAAGAGAAAUUAAUGAAACGCUUGUAUACUUAACUUAAGGGAUAAACGCAGAAUAAGAGGGACGUGGAGUGACGUGAAAAUUAGAAGAACCGAGGGUGAAAUAGCGCGCUAUGUAUUUUAGUGUUAUAGAAAGUAACAGAUAAUCCUUCUUUUCAUCAAAUUGUUCUAACUGAUUCGAAUUGCGUGCGAAUUAGCCGUUUUCUCGAUUACACGCUCCUGCGAACAUAUAUAUGGAAUGUGUACGUAACGAGACGAAGGAUCUCUCAAAUUAAAGGGAGAAACCGGUAAAUUUGCCGAAACGAAUGGCCAAUACGAUUCGCUGUGACAGCGCUGUUUCGAAAGAUAGCGAUACAAUGUAUAAGUUGGCACUAAACUCCCCUAAAUUGUAACUGCUAACAAAUGCUGACAGCGCACGUACGUGAUGCACGAUCCGAGUGCGUUGGAAAUAUACAAUAAAUCAUGUAACCCUCGUCGCUCUGUAUUACUUCGCGGGGAAAUUAAUUUAUACGGGCUUCGACGUUGUUGUCGAAGUUAUGAUAAAAUGGCGCGAGAGUUUCAACAGCGAUCGCAAAUAAGUGGAAUAAGUGUAAUACGAUCUUCGAGCGAGGCCGGAGAGAACGUGGCUAUUAAUAAAAUUGUUUACUAAAAGUGGCUUUUGUACUGUUUUACAUUUUAUUGCCGAAUAAACUUUAUAUGAUGACUCUA